AGAUUGCACACUCCUUUUUUCUUUGCGUCAUACUGUUACGCUCGCCUCUUGGACUCGAUACCGCCGAUCGCAAAGUCGUCUAUCAUAUCAAUUUUCCAUCUUUAUCUUACUUUACUCAAUCAUGCUCUCCUCAGCGCGACGAGGAAUCCUAGACGGUCUUAAUCGGCGAUACAUUUAUGGUCGUGUGCCUUUACUUCAUGCGAUAAUCUUUCUGAUCGAGCUUGCGGCUGCGAUGCGACUUGCCGCCAAAUUCAACUCCUACUAUGCGGAGAAGCCGGUGCUCACCACCAUGGUUACCAACGCCGUGCUUGGUGGAAUCGCCGAUACCGUUGCACAGUUGAUCACAGCCUUCAAGACUCGAUCAGCCCGCACUCUACCUACUACUGGUGACGACUUCAUUUCGAUCGAGGUUCAUGAGCUAGACAAGGAAAAGCCACCGGCGGUGGGAGAGCUGGGCUAUUCUAGGAACUUGGCGCCGCCAUUUGAUUUCGAAAGACUCACUCGAUUCAUGUCAUAUGGUUUCUUCAUGGCGCCGGUCCAAUUCCUCUGGUUUGGAUUCUUGUCUAGAGCAUUCCCACUCACCAAAGUGAACCCUACUCUCCCAGCUCUGAAGCGAGUUGCUGUUGACCAGUUUAUCUUCGCUCCUUUUGGUAUGGGCGUCCCCACCUAUGCAAGCAACCAAUGUAACUGACCAAUUUAAUGUAGGUCUGGUGUGCUUCUUCACAUUCAUGACAGUUGCCGAGGGAGGUGGUAAGAGAGCACUGGCUCGCAAAUUCCAAGAUGUAUACAUGCCCACACUCAAAGCGAACUUUGUGCUCUGGCCUGCAGUCCAGAUCCUCAAUUUCCGGGUUGUUCCCAUCCAAUUCCAAAUUGUAAGCUCUCUGGUUACUUUGUUAACUUCUUAUGCUGAUUCUCAUGUGCAGCCCUUCGUAUCGUCCGUCGGUAUUGCCUGGACUGCGUAUCUUUCGUUGAGCAACUCCUCGGAGGAAGAAUAAUUAAUCUCGACCACAG